AUGGCGGGCAUCGGCUUCAACUACUACUACGAUGAAAUAUGCGCCAACAGCGCUACAACACCUUUACAACAAACCCCCAAUACCGCUACACAAGCCGCCACGGAUGACCGGAAGCGUGUGGAAUGGCCUUUGCCCGUGCGACAGUACGUUCAACGCAGCUUCGAUCCCGAAAACCAGAUUGCCAGUGUUCCUCGACCAGAGCUUGAAAAGAAAUUGAAGCAAGUUAUCACGGAAGCGGCUAAAAGCGAGAGCCUCGAUGCUGUGGAUUGGGACACUUUGCCCCUACCGCAGGUCAUGAUCCAGAAUGAGCGCAACGCGGUGCUGACAAACUCACUGAUAUCAUCACCUUGGAGUGCCAGCGCCAGUGUUACAGCAAUGAAAACUGGGCUCGCACAAGAUGAGCGAAGCAAGAAAAGAAAGUCAAACGAGUUUCAGCAGACGGACGGGGCCGACUCUCCACCGUGGAGGAAAGCUAACAACCGAACCCAGUUGGAAGACCGAAUCUCUUAUACCCCCACUGACAAACGACAACGCGUAGAUUACACCAGCAAAUCCUCAAGUAAGUCCAAAUCUAGCCUGGAAUUGCGCAAGCGCCGUUUUGGGGACCAUCAGAGCUACCAAGAUUCUUCCCGAUCGGAGUCUCCCGUCGCCACUGCGAUCCAAGGCCCUAUUGUUGGACGGUGCCAGGAGUUAGAAAAGAAAUACUUCCGGUUGACAUCGGCACCGAAUCCGGACGUGGUACGGCCUUUACCAGUUCUUGAGAAAACCUUGGACUUUUUGAAAAAGAAAUGGCGCAAAGAGAACAACUACGGAUACAUUUGCGAUCAGUUCAAAUCACUACGACAAGACUUGACAGUGCAGCAUAUUCGGAACGAGUUUACGGUGAAUGUUUAUGAGAUACAUGCGCGGAUUGCCCUGGAGAAAGGAGACCUUGGUGAGUAUAAUCAGUGUCAAACCCAGUUGCGGGCUUUAUACGCACAAAAACUGGGUGGUCAUCCUAUGGAAUUCAUGGCGUAUCGUAUACUUUAUUUUAUCUAUACGCGCAACCAGACGGCUAUCAACGACGCGCUGGCAGAUCUAACCCCAACAGAUAAAUCGGACCUGGCUGUAAAGCACGCGUUGGAUGUGAGGUCUGCACUGGCUCUCGGUAACUACCAUCGUUUCUUUCAGCUUUACCUUGACACGCCCAACAUGGGUGCAUACCUUAUGGACAUGUUUGUCGACCGCGAACGCUUGGCUGCCUUGGCCUGCAUUUGUAAAACAUACAAACCCGACGUAAAGAUUCGUUUCAUCACCGAAGAGCUUGGCUUUGAGUCUGAUGAGCAGAGUGCCCGCUUUGUUCUUGAGUAUGCUUCUGGAGAGCUGCUGCAAGAGAGAGAUGGGCAUGUGCGACUCUUGACAGGCAAAGCAGGUCGAGUGUUUGAAGAUGCCAAGUCCCAAGCGUACAGAGUCAUCAAAGCGCUUUAUGACCACGAACCCGCCCCCGGCAACACCCAAGAAUUGGCCUUUAGCAAAGGUGACUUCUUUCAUGUCAUAAGUCGCGAAGACGAUCCGGACUGGUACGAAGCCGCCAACCCCCUAGUCCCCCACGCUCGCGGCCUGGUCCCCGUGUCGUUCUUCGAAGUCGUGCACAAAAACGAAAAAGAUCGCCAGAGCGGCGGCAGCAAGGAGUCACCCAAGCAGGAGCUUCACGAUUCUGGAUACUCAGACCGUCCUAUUCAUCACGAACGCCAGGAAUCAUCGACAAAUACGACAAAGCAGGCAGCCUUCAGAAUGUCGGUUAACGGAAAGGGAAGCGGCGCCAUGGUAUACGGGGUGGUGGUAUACGAUUUCAAGGCAGAACGUCCCGACGAGUUGGAAGCCAAGGCCGGCGAGGCUAUUAUCGUGAUCGCACAAUCGAACCCCGAAUGGUUCGUCGCAAAGCCGAUCGGUCGCUUGGGCGGCCCCGGUCUUAUACCAGUAUCGUUCAUCGAAAUCAGGGACAUGGCGACAGGACAGGCCGUACCGGAUGCACAUGAUGCUGUCAAAAGGGCAGGCGUGCCUCGCGUCGAGGAGUGGAAGAAGAUGACUGCCGAGUAUAAGAACAGCAGUAUCACGCUUGGUAAGCUGGAUGGAAUGGCCGCAUCAGGCAUGCAAGCUGUCUCGAAUGAUAUGGAAAGGAUGUCGAUCAAUGGCAAUGGGGCUUCUUAUCCACCGUCUCAAGGCGCCAAUGGACAGGGCUACCACUCGAGAUCGGAGAGCCGAGCAUACUCUCAAGGAUUUGCACAACAAGCCAAAUCAGCGCAGCCCGCUGCCAGCAACCGACUUCUAGCACCUAUCUCUGCCUCCAUUCCCCGGUACUGCUUUGACCACGACAAAUACUGGUACAUUAUUGAGGCGAAGAUGGAGGACGGCACUCAUUGGGAGUUAUCACGUUUUUAUCAUGACUUUUAUGAUUUUCAAAUCGCUCUUUUAACUCAGUUCGAGGAGGAAGCUGGUCACAAUGGCAAAGCCCGGACGCUGCCAUUCAUGCCUGGUCCUGUGACCCACGUUACCGAUGCAAUUUCUAACGGACGGCGACAAAACUUGGAUGAUUAUAUCAAGAAGCUUCUUGCGAUGCCACCGCACAUUGCUCGUUGCCCGCUUGUUUGCAAAUUAUUCGCGCCUCGUCCCGGCGAUUUUGAGAUCGACCCUAAUGCUGUGGAGGAUACAUACCGAUUCUCUGGAGAAUCUCAGCAAUCGUCUGGCCAAGAUAUUUCUCCGACCGACUCUCGGCAGUCGUCUCAGGCACGUAUUAGUGCUUCUGCCUAUGCAGCACCAAACGGCGUCCCUACUAAUCGCGCGCCCCAUCAACGUCAGCAACCAUCUUUGUCUCAGCAGAACAGCUUCGCGUCACAAUCGCGUACAGAUUUACAGAUCCCUCCAAUGAACCGACAGACCAGCUCCCUUACGCAAGCGUCCAACAACUCUGCUAACAACGCCAUGAAAGUCAAAGUCUUCUUCCAGGAUGAUAUCAUUGCUAUCAGAAUACCGAGCGAUGUCAACUUCCACCAGUUACAAGAUAAAUUGCGCGACCGACUGAAGGUUAGCCAUGACAUGGUGGUCCAGUACAAGGAUGAGUCAUCCAACGACUUUGUCAAUAUGCUCAGCGAUCAUGAUCUAGACAUGGCCUUGCAGCGAAACUCGAAGUUGACACUUCGCGUUUCAGUCGCAUAG